GAGGGAGCGAGACUCCUCAAACAAGCUGCCCUGCGUUGCAUGUUUAUUUACUAGCUGAACGCUUGAUUAACUCAACACGUUUAAUAUCGACGGCAGGUGCUUAACGUGGGACUUCAAAUGCCCGACGCGAACAGCAAAUCGGCUGGGGUUGGGACUCGCUGAGCGUAAUUUGUCAUCGAGUGACUUAUCUCGGGUUUGUUCGCUCUUGAGCGUGUGUGGCUACUGAACGAACGGUGGCGUUUGUGAAACGGGCGAACUAAAGUUGUUUAAGGGGCAAUUUUGGAUGCCAGAUCGCUUGUUUUCGGAAUAUGGCUCACCAUGGACACCAUCAUGUUGCGAGUUCCCAAAAAGCAUUAAUGUUGGAGCUUAAAAGUCUUCAGGAUGAGCCGGUUGAAGGCUUCAAAAUAACUUUAGUCGACGAGUCGGACUUGUACAACUGGGAAGUCGCGAUUUUCGGACCCCCGAAUACGCACUAUGAGGGCGGUUAUUUUAAGGCACGUAUCAAAUUCCCCAUCGACUACCCGUACUCUCCUCCUGCCUUCAGAUUCCUUACUAAGAUGUGGCAUCCCAAUAUUUAUGAGAAUGGGGACGUAUGUAUUUCCAUACUGCACCCACCAGUGGACGAUCCCCAGAGUGGAGAACUGCCGUCAGAGAGGUGGAACCCAACACAGAAUGUGAGGACGAUCUUAUUGAGUGUUAUCUCGCUGCUGAAUGAGCCCAACACCUUCUCGCCUGCCAACGUGGACGCCUCUGUCAUGUACCGCAAAUGGAGGGACAGUAAGGGAAAAGAUCGCGAAUAUGCAGAGAUCAUCAGGAAGCAAGUUCUAGCCACCAAAGCCGACGCCGAGCGGGACGGGGUGAAGGUGCCCACCACACUAGCCGAAUACUGCGUCCGUACCCGCGCCCCACCUGCCGACGAGGGCUCCACCUUAUUCUACGACGACUACUACGAUGAUGAGGAGUUAGACGAUGACGAAGAGGAAGAUGAGGACUGUUGCUAUGACGAAGACGACUCCGGAACAGAGGACUCUUGACGAGGAGCGCCCAAGCUCUGAACUCUCCGCUUCUGGUUUCCCGUUUGGUUUCGUAGCUUUUAAAUCAAGUCGCAAAGGAUAUUUUCUGUUCGAAGAUCUGAGAUCCCAAAAGGGCAAGAGAUGAACUCUUUAUGCCUGUUCGAACUAAAACUGAGACGUUUUGAGGGUUUGUUUUUGUUUUUGUUUUAUUUCUUGUUGUUUUGUCUGGUUUUUGGGGGCAGGUUGGGUUCAACCAAUCAGUGCGAAACAGUCCAGCUCAUGUUUAUUUGAUUCUCGAUAAACACCUUGCCUUUCAAAGGCACCUGAUCUCAGGUUUUCAAUGUCUGUGAUUCAACAGUAUUGGCGUCUUCAGUGAGGGGGAAAAAAAGUAGCUAAUAUACAUUCUCAGGGCUACUUCUGUUUCGCACACCACAAUGCAUCAUAUUCUGCUUCUGUAGCCAAGGACUGAACAAGCUGAAUGAUAAAUGGAUGCAUUACAUAGAGUUCACACCAUUCUAAGCUUCGUCCUCAUUUUGGACUUUAAUAUUUUGUUUUAUCCAUCAACAAGCCUGUCUUAUUUGUGUUGUUUUUUGUUUUUAUGGGGUUGCGCGGUAGCGUUUUGAAUCUUCAGUAUAUUUAGCUACUCUUGCUGUUGUUUUUUUUUUUUUUUUUUUUUUUUUUUUAGUUUUGUUAUAUGCUUUUUUUUUUUUUUAAAGCUUUGUGGUGACUCUCUAACCUAAAAUCCUCCUCAGGAAAAUGGACACGAGACAUGGUGUGUGUUUGUGACCCUAACAGACUCUUUAAACCCUUUCAGGGUCAUUCAUACGCACACAGGGGUAUUUUGGGACACUUCUCCUUGUUUGGAAUUAUUAUUAUUCUUUUUUUUCCCCCUUCUAAUUUUUUUUGGUAUGCUUUGUAAAUCUAUUUAAAGUCUGAAUAAAGAUCUUUAUUAGAA